UACUACGUUUUAUUGGAAAACAAUGUUGAUUUGAGAAGUAAAGCUUUUGUGAACGUUCACGAUUGCACGGAAUAUUAUUAUCAGCACUAGGAAAGUGUUUGGACUUCAAUAAUUAAUACGAUAAAUUAUAAUGAUUUCAAUAAUGAUAUGAGUUAUAAUGAUAUACUUACUUAGUGAAGUAUUUUUCAUAAUGUGCUUUUUACACACAAUAUCUUAAAUAAUGGAACUAUUUUAACAUUUUUGCAAAUAACGUUUACGACCGAAAACAUAUAAUUUAAAGCGUCGACGAUUGUCGUAUAUAAUUGAGAUUAGAACAGUACAACUGUUCAAAUUUACAAAAAAAAAAAUGUGGCUAGUUCCAUCGUAAGGUCUGUCUCAGGCAUUUUUGCUUGGUUGAGUCCAAUGUUCAUAUGAGUCGCGUUCUGAGAGAACUGGGCAUAAUGCAUGUGCGUCAAAUGUCGUCCCAGAUUAGCCUGUGCAGUUCGCACAAGCUACCGCAAUCAGGGACGACACUUUCCGCUUUUGUGACAUUUUUCGUUUAAAUGAAGUCUCUUAUUAGCAAAAAUCCAAUUUAGGCGGAAAGUGUCGUCCCUGAUUAGCCAGUGCGGAAUGCUCAGGUUAAUCUGGAACGACACUUAACGCAUAUGCAUUAUGUCAAGUUUUCUCAGAACGCGACUCAUGGUUAACUUAACUGCUCGUGAUGAUUAAAAAAACACAUUGUUAAUAACGUUAUUCUUCAGUUUUUAAGACUAAAAAAAUCAAACAAUAUCGAAAACGUUUGUUACUAAUUCAGAAAGGACAACGUUCUUGACGUUAUACGUAUGUUGCUUGUUAAAAAUACUGUUCCCGUUCCCUCCCGCGUGUGAAUUUUUACAACAGAAAAUAGUUAUAGUGUACCGGUAGUUGACUACUAUUACCGGAAAAAUUGUAAUUAUUUCAUUGCGACAAUUUGUCUUGCGAACCGUGUUCAAUACAGUGACAUCCAUGGUGAAAUGGCGUUUUAGAUGGAUAUUCGUGACGAUCUGAGCACGCGAGGGCACGUGCGAACACGGAAGCUAUUCUUGGGUUGACACCUGCCAACAACAGUUUGAAAGAUUUGUCCGUUAGGUCAGAUCUAAGCGCGAUAGCGUCGAGCUGAUGUUAUCGAUGAACUGGAGUCGUCUACGCAGUAACGGAAGCGAAAACGUGUUCAAGGGGUCCCAGUUGGUCACAAUCAUCUUAGAGCGCCAUCACCAGCACUUUCGGAGCAGGGCGACGGCGCUCAAGUUUUGCCGCCAACUUUUCAACGACGGUGUUAUACGCGGAGUCUUCGGCGCCACUUCCUUCGAGGAUUCUGUCCAGCUCUAUACGUGGGCCGACGAGAAUGGCGGCAUGAAAAUGACGUCACGAUCCGCUUCGAAAUUGUCUAGCGGGACGCAAAAUCCAGCGGUCGAGAAAAUGGCAACCCCGCCAAAAUCUUACGGUUACUCCAGUGCGGAUGUAACGCUGACAAAACGUGAGUUGUACAAACAAAGGGAAGCGAUUAAGCCGAUCGAACGCUCUCGUGAGUCUAGUAGCAGUAUGCAAUACUCUCAUGACGUCAAUAGGUACUUUCGUGAAAUUCAAAACGACGUUAAUGAUCGCAGCGAGCAACAUGUGACGUCACAUCCGCACAUAUCGAGUUAUCAAACAUCCUGGAAUUUGCAGCGAGCGAGCACGGCCUCAAGUGAAAGCUCAGUUGAUAUCCUGUCUCAUUCCUACAGUAAACAUAGUCAUAGAGAUAAAUCGCCAGCAAAGACGUCAUUUUCCUCUCCCGCGACAUCGAACUCGCGGGAUCAUGACGUGAUACCGGAAGAGGCCGACCACGAGGUACCACUUCCGGUCAUGGAGCGGACAACCACGAGUUCCGGGUAUGACGGGACGUCGAGCUUUCCGCGCAGCGUCACAACCACAGAUACGUCAACCACUUCUGACGUCGAUGGAAUGACGUCACGAAUUACGUCGACUUUAGUGACGUCACAACAGGGAUGGCAGCAGCAACCACCUCAGGACUACCAAAAUUCCUACUCGGAUAAUGAGAAGCAACUCAUCGAGCAGAUGAAACGAAUGAAGAAGGAACAUUCCCACAUACUUCGCACUUACGAGGAUAGAAUUAAUAAACUCAUGACAAAGAUGCACGAAUUACGGAGUAUAGCGGAAAUGCUGGAAAACUCAAGCACCAAGUCGUCGCCCUACGCGAUGAUGAAUAACAAAAAUGGGGUCCUCAACUUUUUGAACUCGAAAUCUGAAAAUGACCGGAAGUUGACGCCGGGCGCGACAGGUAUUGACGGCGAAAACCCACCUCCAUUGCCGCCUAGACCGGGUCGCGGUAGUCGCUUAAAUCCCAGCAAGCCUUUCAUUCACACGGACGCCAAUAUGACGUCACUUCCGUGGACACGGAUUAUAUUAAAAGACGAAAGUGGCGAAGAGCAGACGACAAUAUGGCACCAUAUGAUGGAGCCGAAAGUUGACCCGGAAGAAGUUGAAAGAUUGUUCAGUCUCCCGUCGGCUUCUCAGACGGAUGGCGCAACCCUUUACGACGAUCUCAUUAUACGUAGAGGGCGCUCUAGACAGCAGUUGGUUAGCAUAUAUGACUCAGAACGCUCCAAGCGGAUUGUCGUCUGCAUGAAAUGCCUGCGCGCGACGCUGAAUGACGUCAUUUCUUCUGUGUCGACGCUCGAUACGUCACAAAUUAAUCACGAGGGGUUGGCGGAGUUAUCGGAACUACUUUCACCGAAUCAUGACGUUGACAAGAUUCUCUACCAUGUUCGCAAAAAAGGGGCAGGUCACCUCGAUCAUCCCGAGUACCUGGUGUUUGAACUCUCAAAAGUGGACCACUUUAAGGACAGACUUGAGUUCAUACGCUUCCGGUUCCGGUUGUUGUGGCACCUGUUUGAAAUAGAUCAGCAAAUGCGGGAGCUUAACACGGCGUGCGACGAAGUCUCUACCAGCACACCACUAAAGAACCUUUUAGAAACGCUUCUGUCAGUCGGCAACUACAUGAACGGAGCGACGGAAAUGGGACAAGCAGACGGCUUUAAUCUCGACGUCAUAAACAAGCUGAAAGAUCUCCGAGACAGAGAUGGCAAAGGAACAUUGUUGGAGUUCGUCUUGAAAACCUACUGUCAGGUGUUUGAAAGCGAGGUUGAGAUUGGAUGCCCCACCCGUUUCCGGUUACCCGAACCUUCGAACAUGAGGCAUGCGGCCUUGGUCUCGUUCGAGGGUCUUCAGGACGCUCUCUCCAAUCUCCACUCCGACCUACGCCAUGUGCGGGAGCGGCUGCUUGACCCCCGGGUGAACAAGGACACCACGCGGCCCAUGGACAGCUUCAGGGUCACGGCGGAGAACUUCUUCGCUGCGGCCUUGGAGGUUAUCGGAGAACAGGAGAAGGUGCUCCAAGACACGAGGGACAUAUUCGACAAGACCAUCAACUAUUUCUAUGUAGAUAAACAACGUGUCACGCCACAGCAAUUCUUCCACGUCUGGGCGGUGUUUCUGCACGACUGCAAAUACUUCUGGAAGCUGGCACAUCGUCGUCUGGCCAAGGAGAGGUUUGAACUCGAGUUCAAGUACAAAGGUCAACUGUCGGCGAGUUCCCUCCAGGGUUAUGGUACAUUCCGCGCUGGCGUGCUCCAAGGUUUAGACUCCAAUAACGUCAACGACCCGAAAACGUCGACAGCGCAGCGCAAUAACGCCCGUUGGGCAGAAGCGGCCGACAAGUCGACAAGACCGACGGUUCCACCGAAACCAAGCCGGUCUCGAAACGCUGACGACGUUUAUCAUCCCAGUAGCGACCGCUCAUCGUCGCCGAAGCCUCUGACCUCAAUGCCGCCGUCUUCCGUUGACGUCAGAAAGCCUCAGCCUAAACCGCACGCGCAAAACGGCACUCCGCCGUUCUCCCCCAUUCCGCCUCCAAAUUACGAAAACCAUUCUGAACUAGAACGUUUCCAAGGCUAUAAAUAUCCACAACAGCAUCAUCAACAACAACAACAACUGAAUUCGUUCACUACUUCCGGUCAACCACCUCCGAGUGGUCAUGUCACUCCUCCAGCAGAAAAUGGCAUCACCGGCAUUCAUCACGACUCGUCGUCUGCAGUAACUAUUACAAAGGAAAGCGACAAGAAAUCUCAGCAAUUCUCGUUGAAAGCGUGGCUUAAGCGAGAACGCGAGCAGGUGCGAAAAGGCGUUGAAUGUGACGCGGCAGAUGGCAUUCCCGAAGCGAAGACGCAAAGCCCCGCUAAGUCCUUUUCAAAGUUUAAAAAUAAUAUGAAGCAGAAGUUUUCAAGCGGAAGCUCGAAAAAGCACAACGAUCAUAGUCGAAAGUCAAAGGACACAAAAUCAGGCGAUCCUAAAGCGUAUGAAUCUCCGGUUGCUGCACAAAAUGGCAUCUGUAUAUCCUCCCCAUAUGAUGGUCACCGGCCAAAUUAUCCAACCGCAUCCACUUCCGGUUUCAAACUUGGCGACAAGUUUCAGGUACCAGAUAAUGGACUUUUAGCGAGCCUUGAAAGCGAGUUUAACAGCCGACCGAUUCCCGAUACUAUCAUUUCACCGAUAGACGAUCCAGAUGCAGACGAUAUUUUGGCAAGCGUCAAUCGAUAUGAACAUCAAAAUGGCGUCCCUCCGCAAAUGAGGCAAAACGUGGAGCAAAAUGACGUAAAUAAUAAUGAACGUUACCUGUUUAAUAGCAAGUCUGGUGGAUCAAACGCGAAUGACAACGGCAAUGGUUUUCCAGAUGGGAAAUUCGUGAGCCCCGGCGCGGAGUCCAAGCGAGUUGUUGCGGUUGCGGCCCCAUCAUACAAAGCUAGGAUGAUAAAUAACUACGAAAAUCAGGGGAAAUUCGAAAAUCCAAAUAUACCGCGACUCCAUGCGGAACCGGCAAAAUCACUGCGACAAAACUUUGCAAAUUUAACGAGCAAUAUUUCAAACGAUAUCGCUAAAGGAUAUGACGGGGCCGAAAGUAAAAACCCGUAUUCGAAAAACGGACAUGACCAAACUCAGCCUCAAACAUCAUCGAAUCACACACACAACACUCGUCCAUUGAACGCAGAAGACUCCCCUUACGGUCGAUUGUCAAAGACCCUAAAUACACCGGAAAAGCACGCUGCAUUACCGGACACGCCUCGUAAACGAGCUGUACUCGAAAACAAAAAUUACGUCACUCCCGGAAACCGCGUUCCCAUUAAUGCACAGUCUGUCGGGUCGCUCAUUGAUAAAUUUGAUAAAACUGAGUCUUAUAAUGAGGAGAGCGCUACCAACCGUGACGGUUUACCGGAAGCGUCGCCUCCUUUGCCGCCUCGGUCCGGUAAAUCCCAAAGCCAUAUUCAGAAUGUUGAUGCACCAUCGUUUUCGCAGUCCAGUCUUGCAGCAAAGCCUUACAGUGCCCAACCGUCCACGGCAUAUUCGCCUCCGUCACGUUGGACGACAGACAAACGCGGCGAAACGUAUCCAUCUACGCCAAAUAGACGCGAAGAUGUCUCUACUGCCUAUAAUUCUCCGCAUAGCCUUUAUUCUACGCCGCAAGGACAGUUUUCUGAAGGUCAGACACAUUCGACCUACGUCACACCAAAAUCUUCGCCCGCUAACCACAAAUAUACGCCAUUGUCGAAUGGCCACGUGGUCUCCACGUCAUCUCCAUCAAACCAUCACGUGACAAACGGUUUUCAUGAAAACAAUGGUUACCUUGACAACGACCGCGCAGACAAUGUCGUAGACGAUGGUUAUGGAGCUAAACUCCGCCGCGCUGCGAAUUACAGUCACUCUGCGUUCGACCGGAUAACAAAAGGUAGUUCGCCGUAUACUAGAAACCCAAGCUUUGGAACUACUUACGAAGCGCGUAGGAAUAUUUUUGCAACGUCAACGUCUUCAUCGUCUGCUGUUCAGAACACUGACGAGGUUUCUUACAUGGCAAUUUAGUUUAAAACUACGAUUGUCAAUAAACUGUGAUUGUGUUAAAAAUAUUGUCAAAGUUGUUUUUUUUGCAAGUGAUAACUUCUGAUAACGUGUGGCCGACAUGAGGCAUUUGCCAGUUUUUUUUUACCAUUUACACAAACACAAAUGUACCUCUUGUCGUAAAAUUAAUUUAAAUUACAUUUAAUUUUGAUAUUUUUUUUAUUCUCAAUAUCUGGCGUUUGUGUAUGCCACAGACAAGUGUAGUAUUUUUGAAAGAUACACACGUUGCCAUUUUUAUUUUUUCGCUAGAUACAUGAUACAUAAUUAGUUUACAAUCUAUCGGAUUUGAAUAAGUUUGUGUUAUGUUACUUACCAAAAAGAAAAAAAUCAUUUUUAAAAAUAAAUGAUUAGUUUUGUCAACCAUUUUUAGAACACCCUUUAACCGUUAUAUUUUAAUAAGCGUUGAUAAAACCAGUUGGUAAAUACUGAUUUCUCGGAAAGAAAACUAUUAUCCCUCGAACAUUGAGGUCAGCGAAGAAAUCGUGUUCGAAAAUAUUUUAUGGCAACUGUAUCUUUCAAAUAAUUUCGUACUUGUUUCGUUUCACACUGUUCUGUGAAUGACAAAUGUCAGCAUUUGUGGAAUACAUUAAAAUUUCAUGUUUUUCUGCAAUUAAAAGUCGUGAUUCGAUUGAUAAGGAUUCACACUUUUGUGUUUUAUACUUAUUUUGUCAAAUGUAGGUGCUCGUUCAUCGAAACAUGUACUUAAACGCAGUUCGUCACGCUUUAAAACAUGUAUUAUCUCUAAUAGUUUAACAAUAUAUUUACUGAAGCCGUUAUUCGACAAUAUAUCACUCCCUCGGUGCAAAAAUGUACCAUGUGACAUUGAAAUUAGAAGGCACAAGGUACCCUUUUGCACCAAGGGAGCGAUAUUGAACAUGUUGCAUAAGUGAUCACGUACAUACCUUCUGAUCUUUGAUCAUUUGUUCAUGUCAGUGUUUUCUACCUAAAUUCAAUGGAUCAUUGAAACUAAAAAAAGUAACAUGAUUUUACAUAUCGGUUUAUUAACCCAUUUAUGCCUAGCGUCCUGAAAAAAGGACAUUGCAAACAGCGUAGACCCAGAUGAGACGCCGCAUAAUGCGGCGUCUCAUCUGGGUCUGCGCUGUUUGCUUAAAUGAAUUUCUUUAUGAAAUAUUCUAAAUAUAGAAAUAAAUAUACUUGACACCCCUAAUUUUGGUAAUAAAUUGAUCCAAUUUAGAAGGAUGGGAGAGUCCACUGGGCAUGAAUGGGUUAAUUAAUAAGAUUUUAGAGAGCCAACGGACAUAUAGGAUAUACUGUUUUAAAUAGUAUUUUAUAUUUUGUAAGUACGGAUAUCGAUGCAUUCCAAAUGAUCUAUACUAAAUAAAUGUCGACGUUAAUUGUUGUCAUUGUAGGACAGUAGAGAAAACGUACAUUUGUAUAUUUUGUGCAAUUUUGUUAUUAAAGCAUUUGAAAGAAAAAAUGUCUCUUUU